AUGGCAUGCCAUACAAACCAGGUAUGGUCGAGAGUCCAGGAAUUGCACAAGCCUAAGCGGAGCUGGCCGGGACAAGAUUCGGCAGUCAAGCUGGACACUGUGGAGCUUUCUCAGCUUCCUCAGGCACCAGAUCCAUCCCAGAAGGUGCAACCAAGCCAACUGAUGACCAAGAUCCUCUGCAUAACCUUGAAAAAGGUUAGAGCUGCAUCCCUCACAAGGCAGUCGGAGCAACUGAGUGAGGACCCACCUUCGCCCUUCCAGGACUCAGCUGUUUCCUUGGCUGCACAGCGUGGACCAGAGACAGAGAGUACACAUUCAUCAAGCCCAACCCCUUUAGAUAUGAAGGAAGUGACCGAGUUGCCUGGUGCGCCUCAACCUGCUGGUGUUCAGCCACGAAUGGGCAAUCACAGGCACUUGCAUUUCAUCCGUCAGAUAACGGGCCUAGCACACAAUAAGGUAGUAGAGGAACGACAGCAGUAG